UAGAAACUUCAAGGGUUAAAUGGGUGUGGCUGUGCGCUACGCGAAAAGUCGCGCUGAAGCGCGUGUGCCGGUUGGGCGUUGCUUCCAGCCUCCCCUCGUUCAAUUGUUUGUAAAGUCGGCUGGUCAAUUACAUGCUGUGACGGCGCCCACCCUCCAUUUUAUACUCAGACCUGCCCCAGCGUAGCAAGAACCUCUAAUUUGUUUGCGACGAUAAAGACAAUUGUCAUGGCGCUUUUACAAUAUCGGAAUAUCGUUAAUUACGAGGCGCAACAAGCGGCCUUCGAGACCUUCCUGGAGAAGUUCAAGACAUCGCCAGAGCAGAGUCUGACACAUGCGAUCGGCCAGAUCAAUAUUGACGAAGAUGACUUGAGCGACGAAUACGAUUUCAUGGACGAGGACGACGAAGGGCACGAACAGCGCCGAAGAGAAAAAGCUGCCUCGAGACAACCGACGCACAAAUAUUCCGAUUUGAUGCAAAAGCUCGCGGAUCGGUCAAUUGACGAGGUCCUGAUAGAAUUAGACGAUCUGGUCACUUACGAGAACGACACAGAUGAUGGGCUCAAACUAGUUGAGUCAAUCGAAGGCAACACAAAACACUAUGUCGAAAUAGUGUCUAGAGCUAUUGAUAACAAAAUGCCUGCGCCCACCACUGGUGUCACAUUCAAGGAUGACGUUCUAGAUGUAAUCAUGGAGCGAAGACAGGCUCGGAAUCGUGAUCUUCUUGAGGCCGCUGCUAAUAGUAACGACCCUGAAUUAGCCGAAAAUAUUUUCCCUGCGCAGCUUACUCGCCGAUAUACCCUCGUUUUCAAGCCAAGGACAUCGGAUGGAGACAAGCCAAUAAAGGCGCUUGCCGUGCGACAAGUAAGGGGCGAGCAUUUAGGCCAUCUUAUUACUGUGCGAGGCAUCGCCACUCGAGUGUCAGAUGUCAAGCCGAUGGUCCAGGUUGGUGCAUAUACCUGUGAUCGUUGUGGUUGCGAAAUCUUUCAACCAGUCAAUGACAAGCAGUAUGCGCCUCUGACAAACUGCCCGUCAGCAACUUGCCAAGCGAACCAGUCAAAGGGUCAACUUUUUCAGUCUUCCCGUGCCUCCAAAUUUCUACCAUUUCAAGAAAUCAAGAUACAGGAAAUGGCAGAACAAGUCCCUAUCGGCCAAAUUCCCCGAACCCUGACCAUCAUGUGUUAUGGUAGUUCAGUACGAAAAGUUAACCCUGGCGACGUUGUGGAUAUCUCGGGUGUUUUCCUACCCACGCCGUAUACUGGCUUCAAGGCCAUGCGAGCCGGACUAUUAACAGAUACCUAUUUGGAAGCUCACCAUAUCGUGCAACACAAGAAAGCCUAUGACGAGAUGAUCAUUGAUGACAAGCUCCUACGACGCAUCAGUGCAUUCAGUCAGUCAGGUGCCGUAUACGAAAUGCUAGCGAAGUCGAUUGCGCCUGAGAUUUAUGGGCAUCUUGAUGUGAAGAAAGCUUUGUUGCUUCUUCUUGUUGGUGGUGUUACAAAAGCAAUGGGUGAUGGUAUGCGAAUUCGUGGUGAUAUUAAUGUCUGUUUGAUGGGUGAUCCUGGUGUGGCUAAAUCUCAACUGCUGAAGUAUAUCUCCAAAGUUGCGCCUCGCGGUGUCUACACCUCUGGCCGUGGUUCAAGUGGUGUUGGUCUCACAGCCGCUGUUAUGCGUGACCCCGUGACAGACGAGAUGGUCCUGGAAGGAGGUGCUCUUGUUCUAGCCGACAAUGGUAUCUGCUGUAUUGAUGAAUUUGACAAGAUGGACGAUAACGACAGGACAGCUAUCCAUGAAGUAAUGGAACAGCAAACCAUCUCCAUAUCUAAGGCGGGUAUUUCAACAACAUUGAACGCAAGGACGUCGAUCCUAGCAGCCGCCAAUCCUAUCUACGGCCGCUAUAACCCUCGCAUCUCGCCAGUAGAGAACAUCAACCUACCCGCUGCCCUACUUUCUCGUUUCGAUAUCUUGUUCCUUCUUCUUGACACACCAACCCGCGAGAGCGAUGCCCAGCUCGCCAAGCAUGUAGCCUACGUGCACAUGCAUAACAAGCACCCCGAUCUCUAUGCCACAAGCUCAAACGGGGAUGCUACUACAGCAGCCAGCGUCGUAUUCACGCCGCAUGAAGUCCGCGCGUAUGUUGCGCAAGCACGCACUUACCGUCCGACGGUUCCUGAGUCUGUAACAGAGUACCUGACAAAGACGUACGUGAAGCUGCGUGACGCUCAGCGCCGGGCUGAAAAGAAGAACAAGCAGUUUAGCCACACGACACCCCGUACUCUUUUGGGUGUCGUGCGCCUCGCGCAAGCGCUAGCCCGCCUCCGAUUCGCUAACGAGGUUUCCCAAGACGACGUCGACGAGGCCCUGCGCCUCAUUGAGUCCUCAAAGGAGAGUCUCGCUGCCCACGAGGGUGCGGGUGGUCGACGUACGCUCAACGCCGCAAGUAGGAUUUACAACUUGGUCAAGGCUCUAGCAGACAGUGGGGCAUGCCGUGCGGCCGACGACGAAGACGACGAUGACGACGAUGACGAGGAAGGCACCGUCGAACUCAGCAUGCGCAAGGUCCGGGAACGCGUCCUCGCCAAAGGGUUUACAGAGGAUCAGUGGCUCAGUGCGUUGGAAGAGUAUACGAGCUUGGAUGUCUGGCAAACAGCCGGUAAUGGCAGCAGGCUAGUCUUCAUCACCGCCAAUGACGGGGCGGCAGAUGAAGACGAGUAAUGUUGUUAACAACCACACUUAGUAAUGACAAGAGUCAUUGAUUUUGUCUUGUUUUGUUUUCCUUCCCCGAUGAAACACUUCGACACCGGCGUUUCGGUAGGCUUAGGUUCGAUAUCUGUGUUCACUGUACUAGAGAUGGCCUGGUCCGCGUAGAGUGGUGAGAUAAGGGGACUGUCAGCUUUGGGACCACAACGUCAAGAUCUGGAGUUGAAAAUCACAGAUAUUACUGUUUGUUUCGACACCAAAAUCACUAGCUACGCGCUUUGUCUGGCUACACCAAGCGAAAUGAAGAAAGAUGGCGAGAAUACAAUAAAAUGAAUUCAUCCGAUUCGCAGAUAAUAUGCCCGCUCGAUUUGGUCAGUUACUAAGCCAAAGAUUAUCUCAUUCAUUAGCCUAGGAGUUGAGAUUAGAGCUCCAUGGUAAGGAAACAGAAGCAGUCAGCACUGGAAAUGAAGUCAAUAACUGGUAGUACAAGGA